AUGAGCUACGCCCAAAGGAGAUACGACAGAGGUGGUCGUGAUAAUUACUACAACAACUACAACAAUAACAACAACUACGGCAACUACGGCAACAGUUUUAACGGUCAAGGCAACCGAAGCAAUUUCAAUCGUCGCAACGGCCAUGACCAAUCGAGAGGAUACAGUAACAACAAUAACAACGACAAUGACUCCAUCAUUACUUGUGAAUUUUACAACAAGAUAGGUGCUUGUAGACAUGGUGAGAAAUGUUCCAAGAAACACAUAAAACCAACAUCAUCCAAGACUCUACUAUUGGCCAACUUGUACCAAAACCCGAAACACAACAAGAAUGAAACUGAAGAGUUCACCGAAAAGCAAAUCCAAGAACAAUUUGAUUUGUUCUUCCAGGAUAUAUUCAUACAUAUAUCCAAGAUGAGUCAAGUUCACGAUCUAGUAGUUUGUGAAAACGAAAACAACCACUUGAAUGGAAAUGUCUAUGUCCAAUUCGCAUCGGUACAAGAUGCAUCAAGUGUAAAUACAAGUUUGAAUCAAGAAUGGUUCAAUGGUCGACCUGUGCAUUGUGAUUUAUCCCCAGUGAGUGAGUUCCUGGAUGCUUGUUGUCGUGCUUACGAUAUGCAGAGUUGUGAGAGAGGUGAAAUGUGUAAUUAUAUGCAUAUUAGAUACCCUUCGCCUGAAUUGAGGCUGUUGUUGUUUAGGGCACAGGAUAAGAUGUAUAGUUCUGUGCAGUUGGAGAGGUUGAAGAAGCAGUUGGAUGAGGUCAAGAUUUUGGGAGAUGCCAAUUUGGGUACACUGGGUGCUGGUGACGAUGAAGAUAAUGACGACGAUGAGGAUGGUGACGAUUAUGGAGAGGGUAGCAUGAAUAAGCCAAAUGCCAGUCAGUUGCUCAGUCUGCUUCAUUGA